UUCUUUGUUCGCAAGAAGUGUUGUUGUUGGGUAGGGUGUUUUAUACAUUAAGAAUGUUUGUAAUUAUGUGCGUGCGUCAACUGAAAAGGUCUUGAACAUUGAAUAUAGUUUUAAUAAAAUAUGAUAAACAUUGCAUAGGUACACAUCUACGUGUGUAAUAAUAGAAAUCGCACCAGAAAGGGUAGCGGGAAAAUGUGCUGAAUAUGCGCACCGCUUAUACUUACGUAAAUGUGUAUAUGCAGGCGAUAAAGAAACGUUACGCUUGCGAGAGAAAAUUGUUUCAUUCCAGUUGUGCAUUAACUUCAGUGCGAAGUAUUUUGAAAUAUCGUGUCAUAUAAUUAUUGUAGUUUAUCAAGAGAAGAAAACGUAAAAACAAAUUUGUCAUCCAAUGUGAAAAGUUUUAGUGCAUUUAAAAUUAUUUUAUAAAAAUAUUGUUUACUAGAACUUUUCAAAAUAAAGUCUACAUUAUUGCAACCAAUUAAUAACCGUCUGAAAAUGAGAGAAAAAAAUAAAAAAGAGGCUAUAUCAACGAGUCUUCAAAAUGAGAAAAUGCUUUUCGAUAAUCGUAUAAAACGUAAAAAUGUCUUAGCCCUCAACGAGAAAGUAGCUGCUAUUCGAGAGUAUGAAAAAAUGCCUGUGUAUAAACGUAUUGGACGUAUGUUUCAUUGCAGUCCUGAUCAAAUUAAACGCAUUGUUCAACAGAAAGAAUCCAUUCUAAAAGCUUGGGAGCAGCGAACAAGACGCUGUCAUGAUGCAAAGAAAUUAGAAUUGAAAGUAUUUCGUGCGUCAAUGUUGGGAAAGGCAGUUUUUGAAUGGGUACAACGCAUGAUGUAUUACAAAGAUCUUACCAUAACUGAUGGCUUAAUACAAAAGAUGGCAUUGCAAUUUAAAAGUGCUAUGGGGUUAAAUAAUUUUUUCCCUCAUCAAGAGUGGUGCGAUAAAUUUCGUAUGCGUUAUAAAAUUUUUGAAAAUGAUAGUAAGCUUUUAAAUAUAGGAUAUUCACAAGGACAUUCUGUACAAAUAAAAGAUAUAAUUAAGGAUAUUUUAAGUGAUUGUAACAAAAGUGAUAAUGAAGAUGAAAAUCAACAAGGUAAAAUUAAAAAUGUACCCCAAAAAGAACUUAAUCGAAAGAGUUAUAUGGAUAAGAUAUCAAAUAAAACAUCAAUUCCGUCCGGCGAUCUUCUUAAUUUGCAGAGUUCACAUAAAAGUGAGAACCAUCUACUACGGCAAAUAGUUGCAUUACCAGUGCAAACGAAUAGUACAGGUCUUACCCAAAAAGUUUUAGUAGCAACACCGUUACAAACUUCUAAAACAUUGUCCAGUUCGAGUCCAAUGACAAUGACUAUUAUUCCAUUGACAACGAUUUCUCAAGCGCAAAGUUCCGAAAAAGUUUUUAUGCCUCCUCCUAUUUUGGAUAUAAAAGAAGAAAUUAAACAAGAACCUGAAGAGAUAAAUAUUAAACAAGAAUGUGUAUCUGAUGACGAAAGUAGGGAAAACGAAAGUGAAGCAUAUACGAACAAUGAAAACUCUUUUUUUUGUAAUAUUAAUUUGUCUGAUCAAGGUGAAUUAAGCAACAAAACAUUAAAUUCUAAUGAUCUACCUAAUGUUUCUAUUAAAUCUGCUCGAAACAAAUCAAAAAAAUGUGACUCUAACGAGGCAAACGCAAUUGAGACUGAAAAAAAUGAUUCCAUUUCAGUUCCAUUACCUCCUCAAUCUUUACAAACAACUGAAGGGACAGCUGGACGUACCUUAAGAAAGAGAAAACAAGAGUGCACGCUUGAUUCAAAUCUUCCAGCUAUUAAAAAUUGUAGAGAAGCUCGUCAAUAUCUUAAAUUGAUAGAAGAUUUCGCUUUAGUUAGAGAAAAUUUCAGAUUAAUUGGAUUAAUCACAAGAGCAGACGAAGUCUUACGCGAAUUACAUGAUUCCGAUGAUAUCGAUAAUGACUAAAAGCAUUCGAUUAUCAUAAAUGAAUUCUAGUAAUUGUGCAAUAAUUUUUAAAAAAAACCAUAUCUUAUUUUGUAUAACCAAAGAUUCUGAUUAAAAUCAAACCAAAUAUGGAAACUUAUGUGAUGGAAGUAAAUGUUAUCAUAUAUCAUGCAUAUAUGUUACA